AUGGAGGAACUGAAGAAGAAGCGAUUCUGGGAUCUGUUUAGGUCGAAGAGCUCCGCGAGCAAGAAGGGAGAAAAAGAUUCCCUUAGAACGAUAAGCGAUACCGAUGUGUUCGGAAGCCGUAGCAGGAGGCCGGAAAGGCCAGAGAAGUCAGAGGGGGCAGAAGAGCCCCCAGCCCGCCGCCGUAGACCACGGCGAACCGAUCCGAGCAUUACCAAGGGCAAAGGCCGUGAAGACCCUCACAGCGCCUCAUACGACUUGGGCCCCCUAACCGAGUGGCCCCCGUCGGGCAUGUCGAGUAGUGAGGAGUUGAAUUUGGGCCCCGCAAUGCAGCUCAUCUCCAGAGGUGUCCCAGCUUUCAAAGGCCAUAAGCGGCCCAUUCCCCAUGCCUCGGAUCACUACUACGCCCUAUUCGCGACCGUAGCCGGGAAUCGCGGCGACGAGACGGAUGCCGCGAACCAACACGACUCCAUGACGCAGCUCAUGACACUACGCCUCGCCGAGUCCGAGCCGGCCACCUACCCCUGGGAGACACUAGAGCAGCCCAGCUAUUCAUUUUGCCACGGUAAGCGCCCGGGCACCAUAACACUCAAUCACUGGGUGAGUCUCGCGAGCGUCACACCACCGCCCAUUACUUUGCGAGACUCGGGGGUAGAGCCCCGCGAGAUCGACCUCGAGACCAUCUUUGGACGACUCAGGGAGCUUGACCGGGGGUUGGAGGAUGACGACGAGGAUCUAAUGUACAGGAACCUCUACAAGCGGCUACUCAAAGACCCGGAUAAGUAUGCGAGCCCGCACAAGACGCUCGACAAGCAGAUCACGGACUUGAUCAUGGUUCUUUCGGGGUCAGGCUGGCUCGAUCUCACCAGCCCGAAGAAUCAGGUUGUCACAAAGUUUAUAUUUGACACCGGCGCGACAAACAGUCAGACAUACCAAAAAUUUUGCCACCAGCUGCUUCUCAGCCUCGAGCUGGAACUCCGAAUCCAAUCCAGACACCACAUGACAGACGCGAAGGAAAAGCUACUGGCCCAAAUACCCCCAACAAUACAGUGGAAUCUCGCACUAGCUCGCAGGUGGCACGACAACAUCCGCGUCGACGACUACGGCACCGCACCCGAACACAUACGACUCCGCUACAAGCUCAAGCGGCGCCAGGUGAAGAUGCUCAAACGCUUCGCGCAGAUGAUGAAGUGGCCCAACCUCACUGAUACGCUCGACACCCUCAAGCGCCGCGACGAGGAAACGACCCUCGACCUCAUCAGCUCGCACGCCAUGGCUUUCUUCAGCGGGCUCGUCCUACCCGGCCCAACCUUCCCCUUCCUGAUCAUGAACGCCCUGAUCGACAUCGACCCCGGCAAGGCCACCGAUGACCUGACGCUCCUGACCCACGCCCACCCCAGCUGCGGCUUCCAGUACCGCAACAGCUACACCUACUGGACGGCCACCUCCAUCGUAGGCAAGGUCCUCGCGCCCACCUGCCGUUCUCUAGCAGGAUGGGUCGGCCCGGCCCGCCCAACCGCCGACCUCGGCCGCAACCAGAUCGCGCGAAUCCGCGCCCGCCGCCCGAACACCAACCGCGUCACCCCAGAAGACAUCCGCUCCAUGUCAGAACGCUCCGACCCGCUCGGGCCCCCAGCCCAAGUCUUCCCCGUCAAAGAAUACGCCCUCGUCGCCCCCGACCGCGACGACGACGCCUACCUAACGGACCUCGUCCGCAUCGAACUCCUCAACCUCCGCCCAUGCGGCGGCGGCAACGGCAACGACACGCGCCCCUCCUCCUCCGCCGCCACGAACCCCUCCUCCCCAGGCCCAGGCCCCCCACCACCUAGCACCGCUUCCUCCGCCCCCAAAUACUACGACGCCUCCAUCCAAUUCGCCAUCGACGGCGUCUCGUGGCCCCUCCGCCUCACCUUCGACGUCUCCUUCGUCUCGGCCUGGCCCUGCUCCGACGGGCCCCACCCCCUCUUCUUCGACUACGUCUACACCCCCGUCAAGGCCGACCAGCUGGUCAAAGUCCGCGACUGGAAUGGUUUGUACGGAACCAACAACAACAACAGCGGCGGCGGCGGCGGUGGUGGUGGGCAUGGGCAUUCGCAUUCGCUUUCGAACUCGACGUCUCCGCCGCCGACGGCGGGGAGGGACAGGCCUACGGGGGUGUCCAGUCCGAGUACGUUGAGCGGGGGGGAUGAGGAGCGCGUGUUGGUGGUGGAGGCGUUUGGCGUGCCGGAUAAUGAGGUGUUGGCGCGGGCGUGGUGUGCGCAUUGGGGGCUGAGCGCGGUAGUGGCGGAUUUGGGGAGGACUUGCAUGGCGUGUGCGAUCCGCGAGGCGUAUGCCGCGACGGUUACGGUGGUGAUCUUGGUGGAUGAUGAGCAGGAUGGGCGGGAGGAAUGA